GGAAUUUCGCACUCGACACUUUCGAGCGUUGCGUUCGCCGUGGUACGCGUUAGUUUCCGUUUUUCCUGAGCCCGCCGAGUUCUGAGAAGGAAGUGUUCCGUGCACAGCAAUCCACAGCCGUGUUUUCUUCACCGAUACAGAAGUGUAUGUGUGCCAUUGCGCUUACAAUUCUAGCUCAAACAAUUCACCCCCCUUCAAACUUAACCUUACAUAUUUCGGCGUAAACGAGAAGCGCGUUUUAGCACGAAACCGUGUGUGCCCCCUUCCUUCGGUGAGAGGAGUGUGUGUGACAGUCGACCCCUAAAAAACCGAACCGAAAAACACCUUUUACCAACGUGUAUGUGUGUGUGUGCGUGUGUGCGUGCAGCAGUGGAAGAAACAGUGGGCAAAAGUGGAGCAUAACAAUAGAGGGCACAACAACCUCGCACCACACGCGUGCCCGUCUCUCGUUCUAUCUCCCUUACUCUCGCUCGCUUUCGCUGAACACGGUGUUUUAUAUGCGUUGCCUGCUUUUUUUGUUGCCUACUUCUCCUUCGUGGUGUCGUCUCGUUGCGUUGCCCUUUAGCUGCCGUCGCACAGCGAAGGAAGAAGACUCCAAUCCCCCUCCCUCUCGCUCUCUCUCUCUCUCUCCCUCUGUAUCGCUUUGCUUCCAUUAGAUUGUGCGGCGAUUGCGGGAUUGCUGGCUGUGUUGUAUUCUCGCGUGUAAAAUCAAUUGCACGAAAAAAAGCGAAGCAGGCUGUGGUGACGGAAAAGUGUGCGUGCGUGUGCUAGUUUGUGUGUGUGUGUGCCCGGUGCUUGAUAGAAACACGGCCGCCACUGAAACUUUAAUGGAGCAUUAGAAUUGCGUCGGUGUGUGGUGUGUCUCCUGGCAUCCGGUUCCGGAGCAAAGAGAUCGAUAGAAACUCCCCCCCUCUCCUUCUCUGUGCGAUUCUUCUCCGACCGGUGCAGGCCGAACACACCGAUCCGUACGUGGAAUUGUGGCGUCUGGCUGCUGUGGUGUGUUACAUUCGAUAUAAUAGACUCGGGGUGUUUGUGUGUUUGUGCGUGUUGCGUUGAUGGUGUGCUGUGUACCGCACACACAUCUUAGCCGCUGUGUAGCAUUUUGAUGGGAAGCGCGGAACGUUUGCUGCUCCCCCCCCCCGCCGUCGUUCGGUUUGUUCGUGUGCGUGCGCGCGCGCUCUUGUGUUUCUCUAUUACCGAUCCCCCCCCACGUUUGAUGUUUCUUGCCCCCCCCCUCCUUCUUCUUGUGUCUAAUAGAACCGCCGUUCGAUUGCCGCCCGGGAUGAAUAAUGGCUUUCGGUUCGCUUUCCCGUUUUGCGCUCUGUUAGUAGUGUGCUCGGUCCAGUUUUUCUUCGAUUGCUUUUCAUCUAAGGUUUGGUCCUACUUCAGACUUGGUCGAUUGGCAGAAGAAAGUUUUUUUAAUGUGUGUGCGGUCGCUAAGCUUAAAACGUGUAUAGAAGAGACAUUAGAAAGAAUUUUAUUGCUGACUGAACGAAAACUAACCUCGAGACCUCGAGACUGAAAAUUCCAGGCAGAGUGUGUUUGUGUGUGUGUAUGGGUGUGUAUGGGUGUGUGAGCGCGUGUCUCUGUGUUAUCUAAUCCUUCCAACAGUGCCGGCAAAGCUGCUUCAACAAAAUUAAACAAAUGGCGAAUCUGUGCAAGCGAAAGGAAGGAAGAAGUGUAUUCUGAAAGUGUGUUUGUUUGGUCCGAUAUCAUAUCGCCCAGCCCUUGCGCCCAAUUUCACCCCCCAACAAAAAAUCACCCUGUCUCCUCCCCCCCCAUUACCGUGUGGAGCGCAAUUCCACUGGAAGUCGCGUGGCCUGUUCGGUGUGUGUGUAUUGUGAGUGCUUUGUUGUGAGUGAGUGAGAGCAGAGCCCUCCAGAGUGUUUGCGAAAAGUGUGCAGCAGCCGCCAGCAGUCUGUACGUUCUAAAACAACAACAACAACAACACACUCUCACACCCCGUUCGACUGACACCUAACUCAAUUCGAGUAACAGCCAAAAAGCAAACAACUACAACUACAACAACAAACGAAAACAAUAAACAACAAAAGCACACACGAAAAAAAACUCACAAAACGCAAAGCGGCUGCCCGUGACCAACAAACAAGGCGCCAAGGUGUGUUAAAGCCCACCUUCCCGCACAGCUUAUAUAAAAAAAAGCAAAGGCUACUCUCUCACUUGGCCAACCCAGGGAGCCGCUACAGGCUACACAACCCGCAUCACGAUCGCGUUCACGCAGCAACAGCAUCCCCCCGGUGCCGGUGUGAUGAUCAUGGCGUCAUUCAACGGUGGCAGUGCCGCGGGCGGCGGCGGUGGCGGCGGCCAGGAUGGGCCGCACAACAAGCGGCUCUGUACCGGCCAGGAGAUGGGCGAGGUGCCGCUCAAUAGUCGGAACAAUAAUAACAACAUCAACGUCACAGACGAACCGCGCCGGAAGCGCGACGUUGCGACGCGCCCCAACCAUAUCCUGCUGUUCACGAUCCUGAACCCGAUCUAUCCGAUCACAGUGGACGUACUGCACACGAUCUGUCACCCAAAUGGCCAAGUGCAACGCAUCGUGAUAUUCAAGAAGAAUGGCGUCCAAGCGAUGGUUGAGUUCGACAGCAUAGAGUCAGCGACGCGCGCCAAAGACAGCCUGAACGGUUGCGACAUCUACUCCGGCUGCUGCACACUGAAGAUCGACUACGCAAAGCCAGAAAAACUCAAUGUUUACAAAAACGACAGUGACUCCAGUUGGGACUACACGCUGGUAGCUGCCACCACGGUUAAGGAGGUCGGUAAUGGACGCUCGCCCCUGCUCCAGGAUCCAACGCUCUUCGGUGGACGACCGCAGCCGUACAGUAAGUACCUUUCACCAUCACAUACACCCUACAACGAGUACUCUCAACCUACUCAAGGAACCCGCUCAAAACCUGCUCUGCUAGGCGCCGGCGGUGGUAAUGGUUUUCCGCCGAACUUUUCGCCCCCGGACUUCCACCCGUCGGAGAACUGGAAACCGGCGGCCGCCGGUACGCACGUCGGCCUGAUGAAGGAUCCGCCGCUGCCACGCAACGGGCCAACCAACUUUAUCCAGCCAACGCAGCAACAGGGCGCAGUGAUGAUGGUUUACGGACUCGACAAUGGAACCGCCAACACCGAUAAGCUUUUCAAUCUGUUCUGCCUGUACGGCAACGUGGUGCGGAUAAAGUUCCUGAAGACAAAGGAAGGCACCGCCAUGGUCCAGAUGGGUGACGCCAUCGCAGUCGAACGUUGCGUCCAGCACCUGAACAACAUUCCAAUCGGAAAUGAUGGCAAAAUUCAGAUCGCAUUUUCCAAGCAAAACUUUUUGUCCGAGGUCACAAACCCUUACACCCUGCCGGACCAUACGCCCAGCUUCAAGGAAUAUACUGGCUCGAAGAACAACCGCUUCCUGUCGCUGACCCAGGCCAGCAAGAACCGCAUCCAGCCGCCAAGCAAGAUUCUUCACUUCUUCAACACACCGCCUGGGCUGACCGACGAGCAGCUGAUUGCGGCAUUCGGCAGCAACGAUUGCCACCCGUCGCAAGUGCGCAUGUUCCCGCUGAAAUCGGAACGCUCCUCGUCCGGGCUGGUCGAGUUCCCGAGCGUCGCCCUUGCCGUCCAGGCGAUCAUGAAGUGCAACCACACCGCCAUCGAUCACAAAGGCACAAAGUUCCCGUUCAUCAUGAAGCUCUGCUUCUCGUCCUCGAAAACGAUGAACGGCGCGUGGAACAACGAAAACAUCGAGAACAUGAAGCAGGCCGGCUCGGUCGUGCAGACGUCGCCCGGUGCCGAGGACGAACCGAUGCAGGCCCGAUAAAUCGAUCGUCGUCCAUCACAUGCCGCCGUCGCCGCCGCUCCCCAAGACCGUUGCUUUGUGCGCGAAAUGCUGCGAUUCCGGUGCGAGUAGGCGCAACCGUAGGGCUUCGGGGCAGGUUCAUCCCUGUGUAAUGUGUGUAUGAGUGUUAGAUGUGAUGCUUAUAGAGAUGAGGUGGCGUAAUAGAAGAAGAAAUGCGAUAUUAAUACCGGCCCCGUAUCAUAUUGCCGUUUCAUCCUCCGGCCAAGCGAGCCAGCGAGGGGCGGCAGGGAAAGCUCAUCAACUAUCGUAAAACAACCACCGUGUUUUCUUUUUCUUUUUUCUUCUUUGUUGUUGUCCUGUGUCCGAUCCGGCAUAUUCAUUCACCUUCCAUAAUGAUGAAGCAUCGCUGCUCGUUUGUGGGCGGCACACGCGUUCUCGCGUUCGUGAGUGGCAGCAACGCUCACGACUCCUCGUCUAUCCAUAUUGCGCUACAAGUAGUGUGUUAAGUUAGAGCUACGUGAACUCAAGCAGCCGUAAAAACCAGAAACGUUUAAAUUAGAGAUAUGCUGUAGAUGAGCAAAGGCUUGGAAGAGGGAGGGAGAGCAAGAAAAGCGAAAAGCGCCACUAUCCGCGCUCUCCGUUUUGUGAUGUGUGUGUGUGUGUGCGCACGCACACUCGCGGGGUUUGUUUUUUCGUCCAGCCUAUAAUAAGAUACAGUAUGUAUGUGUGUGUGUAUUGUACGGUUAGAAGUUUAUUUUUUAUGUUAUUAGCCAACGGAAGCAAAGAAAAACACUACAUGGGAAGGAGGCAGUGAACGCGCGAAACGAAAGUAAACCACCGGAAGAUGAUGAUAGUGAAGAUACUACAGUGUUGAUGGCUGAAACCCCGAUUCCCCCAAUUCUCAAACCCACAAAAACGAAACGGCCUUCGGUUCGUUUUGUCCGUUUUCUUUAAUUGCUUUACAAUCGCAAACCCCCCCUCACAUCAUCGUGCAACAAUCGUCACAAUCAACUAGAAAAGAAAAGACUCUAGGAGCUGUUGACGUUCGGAGAAGGAAAGGCAGGAAACAGGAAAGGAGGAUAGGAGAACGACAGCAAACGAAGAAGCGUAACUGAAACCGGUCGGCAAACAGAUCCCCCGCGCGCGUGAAUCAAGAAAGCUUUGAAACCAAAAAAGGAGAACAUUGAGAGGAGGAAACAUUGCAAAAGAGAACAAAAAGAUAACAAACAAACAAACAAAAAGGUAACUUUGCGAACUGGCCGGCAGAGGGCGGUGGUGCAGCAGCUAAGUGUGCAUCGCCGUGUGUUCGAUUUUUAGACAAUUAAGUAAGCAGAAGUAACCUUAACUAAACUAUCAGAACGACUACUGUUCUUCUGUCCUUGUUAUCUAUCUAUCCCCAGAUUGUUGUUUUCGUUUCGAUAAUUCCUUUUUUAGUUUUUUUUCGCAAUUUUUCAAUAAUUUUUCUUCCCGUUUGUUAUUAUCAUCAAUUGCUUCUUCUUUUUUCACAUUUGUUCUUCUUAAAUUUCUUCCUCCAUGAGCCCUUAGAUACUUUGAUACAACCAACAAGAGAAAAGACAUUAUUUAUUGUUUACUAAUUUAGAGGAAAAAUUGCACAGCAUUCGGGUGAAUACUAGGCAGGGAAGGGUCAAGAGAGUGUGCAGUGGAAGAAUCGAGAUGAAGAUUGACACAAACAAAUCGUCUAAUUCAGAGGGCAACAAAAACAACAGCUAGUAUGAAGGAUAGUAACAAUUGUAAUGUGCAAUCUGCUGCUGCUGCUGCUCUCACUCUCUAUACAUCAAUCUUCAUCUUCUCCUCUGUGUGUCCUUCCCUCUCCUUCUCUCUCCCGAAUGUGCGCUUGUUUGUGAUGAACGGUACGCAUGUGGCAUGGCCGUAGUCCUCUUGAUUAAUGACACGGCCACGAGUAUGAACGUGAAGAUGCACUGCCGCCAGCAAGGUGUGUGUGUGCAUGUCUGUGUGCUAAUAAUGGAUGUUUGGGUGUGUGCGCGCGCGUGUGUGCCCUGUGUAUACGUUAGCCAGUGUUGCUAACAGAACCCGUGUGCACGCAUGUAGAAUGUAUUCGAUUUGUUUGUCUUUAGUUGAUCUGUGGCUCUCGGUAGCUUGUCUUUCGUUUCAGAGUUUAAGGCAAGAUUUCGCUGGUACGAGAAGCUCACAUAAGCACUAGUUAAAGAAAAGGGAUGAAUUUCGAUCGAGGAAAAUAAACUUAAGAAUGGCAUGAAUGUGAGAAACACAUGAACAAAAGCAGAAACUAUAUGAUAUUGUAAGCGCCACAUACCCAGAUGGCGAUGAUGCGCACGAACGAAACAACACGCAAAUGGGUUUAGGGUCGAAAUUGCGUUCGAUGAAGCGGUGAACACUUGAACACAUCCAACACAACAACAAAAUAACACGCAUCUACACUCUCUCUCUCUCUCACACACACACGCACACUCCGUUUGUAAUUCGUUAGAAGAAGGUAAUCGAACUCGUUUCGCACUUUCUGUAACCUUUUUUGUUUCAUGUCAGCAGCAUAUUGGCACCAACGCUCAAUCAUCAUCCGUUGUACAAUCGCAACCGAACAACCAUUCAAUUACUGCUACAAAGCACGCGGGGAGCUGUGGCGUAAGCCAAGCAGAGACAAAAUUCACUAAUCUAAGCGCCUAAGUAUAUGUUUUAGAAAUGGUUAAGUAAUUACAGUUGUGUCCUUAGUUUUUACGUACGAGCUACAACAAACAAAUAAUCAAACACACUCACACACACACACACACACAUAAACCUACCCCUUUCCAUUACUCUCACACAACUUUCGCAGCAAGAAACACCUACAAAAUCGCACACCCGCCAACGCUACUCUGGCCUGCAUAAUGGAGGCUAAAAAAGAAAAAAACAAAGCGGGCACACGCAAUAAACUUGAUUACACCACAGCAUUACACCACAAUAUACACCACCAAUAUAAACAAAA